GACAAACAUGCGUAUGACUGGUUACUUGUGACAGAGAAGAUAGAGGCAGUCGGUGCCAAGCUUCAGUACUUGCCAGACUUUCUAAUGUCACGUAACACGUUUAUCCGGGUCUUGGCCUUUAGAUGGUUGCCACUGGAAAAUGCUUGCUAGUUGAGUUUGUCGUUUGUGCAAGCUACUGCUUACGCUGAAGUAGAGCAGAGUGGUUAGGCUUGCCGAGGAUUGACAAUCCGGGGAACGACGAGGCGGAGUGAGACUGCGAGUCUGGUGUGUAAUGCAUACUAUUGUAUUACGUACUAUCAUUGAUGUCAUGUGUGGAGCAUGUGAAGGUACAUGUGUGUUUCACGUGGAUGGAAGCUGUUGUGGUAAUUCAGUUGAUGCUCAUCUUGCAUUGUCAUUUGUCGAUUACUAAUUGAGACUGCGAACUUCCUUAACUUUUCUGUGUAAUCUCGUUCUCACUGGUUGUGGGUGUCAGUCUAUUGUAUUGAAGUAACAACAGGUUACUGCGCAUUGCAGCUCUUUGUUCUCUACAAGAUGGCAGCACAUUUUGUUGUGGAAAUUGUGCUGUUAUUUUCAUGGCUUCAAGUGAUCUUUUGUGUAGAGAAAGCAUUGCCAUAUCAAUCAGUUCUUACUGGUCCUCGAGGUCCCCCUGGUCCAGUUGGUCAGAGAGGCUUACCCGGACCACCAGGAAGGAUGAGGGGCUUACCCGGACAACCAGGAAGGAUGGGAGAUCCAGGUCCUGUCGGCCGACCAGGACAGAAUGGGUCAAUUGGGCUGCCAGGUGAAAAGGGCAAGACUGGACGAAAGGGAGAAAAAGGCAUCAUUGGAGUGCAAGGUCCUGUUGGAUUGAAAGGAGAACGAGGUGACGUAGGAGCAAAAGGCGAAAAAGGAGUAACAGGAGAAGUUGGUCGUAAAGGAGAUCAAGGUAUUCAAGGUCCAGUGAGUCCAAGAGGUUUACAAGGAGUCAGAGGAUACAAAGGAGAGAAAGGUUCACAAGGUUUGCAAGGCAUUCCUGGAUUAACUCCACUUUCUGAAGUAAAGAGGCUUGAAAGUUUGGUGACAAAAUUAUACAAUGAACUGAAGGUUCCCAGGGUUCCAGUUGGUGAUGAAGCUGGUACAUGCAACAUGAGCACAUCAGGUUAUUUGUUCUACCACAAUUCUAAGAAAUCUUUGCUGUUUUGUGAUUCUGAGAAGUGGGUUGAGAUGUGGAAACCAUACAUAUCUUGUUCUGUAAUUAAGAUCACCUCUAUUCAGUUUGUACAGAGAGUCAAGUCUCUCCCACCUGUAAAGGUUUAUUGUGAUUAUUCUGUGAUCUCUAGUGGGUGUGCACUUGUGUGGAAACACUCAUAUUUUCAAGUUGGAAAUCCAACUGAUGACAUGCGUACUUUCAGUUCAGUCGAUCGUCCAUGUACUGAUCUGUCUGAUGGUUGGUGUAAUGUGGGUAACAAGGAUAAUGUUCCUGGUAAUGUUCAAUUGACAGUUGCUUAUCACGAAGGACGAGUUGUGUAUGCAUAUCGUGGUGAUCGUAAUUCUGAAGUGGGAAAGUCAUGGCGUGGAGCAAUACUCAACAAUCCAGUCAAACUUACAGAUCAUUGCACAAAUGGAAAUGGGAUUCCUCCAGAGCCAAGUAUUGAUUCAUCUGGAAUACCGGGAUUGACAUUUGACAAACGGAGGCCUGGCGUAUUCAAGGUUAACUGUGAUACAGAUUAUUACAAGACUGUGUCUGACUCAGACUGUCGCUGGGAGAAUUGUCAGUUACCGUCUUCUUUCUCAUUCGAAACAGAGCAUGUGCAAAUGACAGUUGCUAUAUUUCUUUGUUGACUUUACACACGGCACUGCAUGGGGUAGUUGCAUGUUGAUCUUGCAUGUUUGCAUUGUAUGAAAUGUAACAUCUAGUAUUGUGAACCUUGGGCUUUCUUGUCAGGACUUCACAGCAUCAUUGGCUGAUUUCCAACCAUAAGAGAUUAGAUUUCCUGUAGCUUUGACGUAUCGUAAUGGUAAUAGUAGAAUAUUUGAUAGCUUUCAUUUUAUUUGGGCAAGUAUAAUAAAAUUCGAAUAAAGUCUAUGU